CAAACCUGGCAACGCCUAUUGUGCGGCUAGAAGCUAAGCUGCUGGCAAUUGUCAAAAAAAGUUGACCGCCGCCAUCUUGUUUCCGGAUUUCACUAUUUUUGCCACGAGUCAUUCUUUCUUCUUCACCACCGCCAUAGUUGCGCACCGUAAAAAACACACUAAAUUGAAUAAAAGUUUCUUAUCCAAAAAAGAGAAAUCUAACAAUUUAUUACCACGGGCAGUCGCAACAUUCUUUUAUUCAAUUUAUGGAGACCAAACGAUAGAAGUUGGAUUCGCUUGUUACCUUGGGAAUCGCUAGCCUUCGUUUGUAAUAACGAAAUUGGAUUAGCAAGCUCCUUCAUUCAACAGUUUUUCCAAGAAUUGCUAUCCUUUGUUUGUAAAAACAAAGUUGGAUUAGCAAGCUCCGUAUACCAACAGAAUAGCUAGCCUUCGUUUAUAAAAAGGAAGUUGGAUUAGCGCACGCCAUCCAACACCAAUUUUCCAAGAAUCGCUAGCCUUCGUUUGUAUAAAACGAAGUUGGACUAGCGCCCAGCAUCAAACCAAUCCAGCCAACGUCACAAGCAUCGAUUCCCUCAGCAACGAGUAUUCAUCGCAAGCAACGAGUGAAUCAUCGCAAGCAUCGAAUCUUACAUUGCCCCAGACGCUAACGCCUAUUGCAACGAUUCCUUCACCGCCAGCAACGAGUGUUCAACGCAAGCACCGAGUGAAUCACCGCCAGCAUCAAAUCCUUCAUCGCCUCCGACGUCAAUGCUAAUCAACGAAGUUAUCAAGAACAUAAGGUAAGUCCAAGUAGAAAACGUAGUAUUUUUAUUAUAAUCCUCUACCUCUGCGUACCUUUAUAAAAGCUCAGUACCUAUAUACAUUUUUAUAUCGUAAAGAAAAAUGGGGGAUAAAGAAGAAUUUAAUUGUAAGUCAUGUACCAACGCCGAUAAUGAAGAUAUGGUCCAGUGCGAUAGUUGUAACGACUGGCACCAUUUCGAAUGUGUAGGUGCGAACGCGGACAUUGAGGACAAAGAUUGGUACUGUCCUAAAUGUAUACAAUUGAGCACCGAAAACCCCGGAGGUGCACCACUGCCGAACCCCGAAUUAGCUUCCCAAACAAAUGAACCUGUUGAUCCUAAUGCAAACGAUCAAGAUAGUAUGUCUGGUGUUAAUAAAUCACGUCCAAUGACUUCUAAUAAACGUAGAGCAUCAAUGGUGAAACAACGUGCACUUAUCCUCGAACAAUUAGAAGAGGAAAGACGCUUAAAAGAGCAGAGGGAUCAAGAGUACAUCGAAAAAAAGUAUACAAUGUUACGCCAAUUAGAAAUCGAUACGUCUGAUAGCGACACCGGGGAAAGCCAUAUAGAGAAUGGAAAUAAAAAACCAAAUGCUUUCGCUCACGAGCGUGGCUCAACUCCAGUGUCACACGCUGGAAGGCCUAAGUCCACAACUGUGCAUUUAAUUAAUCAAUCAACUAUACGACCAGAGUCUGGAACCGUCCCUAAUACCAACGUUACAUACCAACAUGGUAAUUUGACCAAAGCAACAGCGAAUGCGACCUUGACUGUCACAUCCAAUACUACAAGUGGGUCUAAUUCUCUUACAUACAGUGUUCCAAUGCUCCAUACAAACCCAUAUGCAUCGUGUAGUCUUUCAAUGAACCCACCGAUUCAAUCUACAAAAUUGACAAACACUUACACCUCUUACAGUAACCCAGCCACAAAGACGGCUGACACAGCAUCCCCUUUAGACAAUGCAACAGUCAAUAACGCGACAGCAUCUAACUAUUUUAUGCCGGUUAUGCGUACUGAGGAGUUCGUACCUACAAAGGCGCAAAUGGCAGCACGACAUGUAAUGGUCAAGGGACAAGUUCUUUUUAGUGGUCGCCCAGAGGAUUGGCCAAUGUUUAUCAGCUGGUACAACAGUACAACGCUUGCGUGUGGAUAUACAAACUCGGACAAUCUUCAGAGACUGCAAAGUUGUUUAAAAGGUGAAGCUUUGGAAAAUGUUAAAUUCAGAUUGUUCAUUCCGGAUCAAGUUCCUGGAGUCAUUAACACCCUUACUCGUUUAUAUGGCCGCUCCGAUGUCAUCAUUGACAGCUUAGUUGAUAAAAUGCGUAAUGAGCCACCAAUACGAGAAGAUAAGCUUCAAUCGAUAAUUAAGUUUUCUCUGACAAUUGAAAAUAUAUGUGGUGUUAUGAUGGCAACAGGUUUACACAAACAUCUGGCCGACCCAAGCCUGCUAAGAGAACUUGUAGAUAAACUACCACCGAUCCUUCGUUUGGAUUGGGGACACUACUCUAGAACCGUAAGCGACGUCGAUAUCUCGGUUUAUAGUUCAUGGUUGGCAGAUAAGGCGUAUUCUGCUUCCAUAGUUACUCCACUAAAUAGCAUUAAGGCAAUAAAUAAACCAGGGAAGAGUUCAUCUAGAGCACUGCUAAACAUUCAUCAAAAAUCUUCAAGUACAAAUGAACUUAACUGCCUUAUUUGCCAACAGGAUUGCAGAACUGUAGAGCAUUGUGAGGAAUUCGCAAAUAUGAACCUCAAAGAAAGAUGGGAUGCUGUUAAACGGUCUUCGAUUUGCAGAACCUGUCUCCGAGCUCACGGAAGAAAAAGAUGCUACAUAGACAAAGCGUGCGGCAUAAACGGCUGCAUUUACAAACACCAUAAAAUGCUCCAUAAUGCUGCAAAUGACCAUAGAGAACAGAUGACAGUUAGCCAGCAAACAAAUCUAUUUCAUAAAAACUACUAUACAAGCAUUCUCUUCAAAAUAGUUCCAGUCGUACUCUACAAUAACAAUAAAGAAAUAAAAACUUUCGCUUUCCUAGACGAUGGCUCGUCAAUAUCGCUUAUUGAUGAAGACCUCGCAAGAGAAUUGAAUGCUGAAGGAGAGUUGCAACCGUUAUACUUGAAGUGGACGUCAAACACGCAUCGCACAGAAAAUGGCUCGCAGAAAAUAAAGUUAGAAAUCUCAUCUUCUUCUACUGAUAAAAGAUAUAAAAUAAACCUACGAACGGUGAGUCAUCUCGACCUCCCAAACCAAUCCGUUGACGUAGAACGAUUAUCAAACAAAUACCCAUAUCUAAAUGGCCUCCCUAUAAAAACAUAUUUCGAAGCAAAACCUCGUUUACUUAUUGGAUUAGAUCAAUGGAAGCUAUGUGUACCUCUGCGAUCGAAAGAGGGAAAGGAAAACCAGCCAAUAGCAUCUAAAACUCGACUGGGCUGGAGUAUUUAUGGCCCAUGUACACGCGAUGAUAAACCAUGCAAUCGCCGUCAAAGCUUUGCCAACUUUCAUAUUUGUGAAUGCCAACAAAAUGAAGACAAGAACUUGAGUGAACUCUUUAAGAACUACAUUGCCAUAGAUACCAUGGGGCUAAACACAAUGAAGACUAUACGAUCACAUGAUGACGAAGCGGCAAUAUCAAUUCUUGAGAAGAGCAUAUAUCGAGAAGCAAAACACUACGUUGUUCCGCUCUUAUGGAAGUUGGACAACAAAGAAAUGCCCGAUAGCCGCCAAAUGGCUGAGCGCCGACUGAUAUGCCUUGAGAAGAAAAUGUCCAAAGACGUAGAAUUGUAUAAUAAGUUGAAUGCACAAAUCGAAGAAUACGUCAGAAAACAAUACGCUAGAAAACUUACAAAAAAAGAGCUCCGAAGCGAAAUUUCACCAGUUUGGUAUCUUCCAGUUUUUCCGGUCACAAAUCCUAAUAAGCCUGAAAAGGUGAGAAUGGUAUGGGAUGCGGCUGCAUGCGUGGGUAACAUCUCAUUAAAUUCAAUGCUCUUUUCUGGUCCAGACAUUGUUCCUUCUCUACCAUCGGUCCUUUUUAAAUUCAGAGAGCGCAGAAUCGCAAUAUGCGCCGACAUAAAAGAGAUGUUUCACCAGGUGAACAUAAGACAAAGCGAUCAACACGCCCAACGCUUCCUAUGGCGAAACAAGACUACAAAUAGAGUUGAAGAGUAUAUCAUGCAAGUUAUGACGUUCGGUUCAACAUGCUCACCCUUUUGUGCCCAGUUCGUUAAGAAUCUGAAUGCAAAUAAAUUUAAAGCCAAGUAUCCCCGCGCUGUACAGGGCAUUACCGAAAGACACUAUGUCGAUGACUACCUCGACAGUGUAGACUCCGAGGAAGAAGCAAUACAAUUGGCAAAAGAGGUAAUAGUUAUACAUAACGAAGCAGGGUUCUAUAUACGCAAUUUUAUGUCGAACUCGGCAAAGGUACUCGUAAGCGUCAAAGAGAGAGCAGCAAAUUACGAUCAUUUUGAAGGUAGUCAACAAAUUCUUCCCGGUUCCGAAAAAAUUCUUGGAUUGUGGUGGUCCCCUAGAUCUGAUUCGUUUUCCUUCGCAAUAAGAACGCACAAUUUGAAAUAUAACCUUUUGCUUGAAAAUGCUUGGCCUACCAAGAGGGAGAUGCUUAGAGUACUCAUGUCCAUAUUCGACCCAUUGGGAUUAAUAGCGAAUUUUCUAAUAUUUCUUAAAAUCCUUUUGCAAGAGGUCUGGAGCUCAGGCAUUGAAUGGGAUCAGAAAAUUCUACCUCAACAUUAUGAAAAAUAG